AUGCGGCAGCACCGAGCAAGCCAAGGCACAUCGCUCGAGUCAACCAAGUCUCCAAAUGAUCGUAACAGCUACCGUCUGAUCCGUUUGGGAAACGGGAUCGAAGCCCUCCUGGUGUCCAACUCCGAUGAGCAGAAGCAGAAGUCUGCCUGCGCAUGCAGCAUACAGGUUGGCUCUUUCAGCGAUCCUGGUCAUUGUCAGGGCCUGGCGCACUACUGCGAACACAUGAUUUUUCUUGGGAGCAGGCGCUAUCCAGGCGAGGCACAGUUCGAGGAGUUCUUGUCCGAGAAUGGAGGGGAGUCCAAUGCCUACACGGAGUGCGAGUAUACUUGCCUCUACUUCGACGUGAAUCGCAAGGCCCUCCACCAUGCCUUGAAAAUGUUCGCAGAGCUUCUGCAUGAGCCGCUCUUCACACAAGAUGCAUCUGCAAGGGAGCUCCAGGCCAUCGAGUCUGAGUUUCAGAAGAAGCGAAGAAGCGACCAUGUCCGUGGAGAGACCUUGUUCGCGAGCUUCGCCUCGCCGGGGCAUCCCUGGAGGAGCUUCGGCUGGGGCAACAUGCAAAGUCUCCACGCAGAUCCCCAAGCUCAGGGGGUUGACCUCCACGCAGAGCUGAGAGACUUCUUCGAUCGUCACUACAAGGCUAGCAGAAUGCGGGUGAGUGUUUUUGGCAUCGAAAGCCUGGACUCGUUAGAACUUGCGGUUGUCGAUGCCUUCUCGGUCAUUCCUCCGUCUACUGGUGUGGAGCAGCUGGACUUUGAAGCUCAUGGCCUGCCUUUGUGCGUCAAGGACUUGCCUCGCUUGGUGCGUGUACGGCCUAUAUGUGAUGGACAUGUGCUGUGGUUGAGCUGGCAGUUGCCUUCACAACUCAAACAUUACAAGAGUAAGCCAGAAAGCUACCUCAGCAGUCUCAUAGGUGAUGAGGGACAUGGGUCCAUCCUGUCCUAUUUGAAAGACAUGGGUUGGGCCACGGAUCUUUGUGCUGGGGCAGGAGGUGAUAAUUUCAGCCACAGCAGUAAUUCCAUGAUCUUCACUAUUGAAAUCACACUGACCGUCAAUGGCCUUGGCCACUGGACAGAGGUGGUGGCGACUGUUUUCCAAUACCUGGACAUGCUGAGGAGGUAUCCCGACGGUGGCCUGCCAUCGUACCUCUAUGACGAGAAGAAGCAGAUGGCAGAAUGCUCAUUCAGGUUUUUGCAGGAGAAGGAUCCUGGGGACCUGGUCAUCGAUUUGAGUGAGCGCAUGCUGCCGUUCUACCACCAUGAAGCAGAUCAUCUGCUGACUGCGCCGUGGAUAUAUUCUGGCUUCAGAGAGGACCUCGUGAGGUCCAUAUUGAACUUGCUUUCAGUUCGUGGAUGUUUUUUCAUGCUGAUGAGCAGCUCCUAUGGCAGAGCAGGUGGCCUGGAUGCCGUCAACGAAGACAUCCCUCAAGAAGGGGAGCCAUGCAUGGAAGAUGCCGCUGUCGGGCAGGGACAUGUGGAUCCACAUUUUGUCGAGUUGGCUGGAUGUGAAGCGAAGGUGGAACCUUACUUCGGAACCGAAUACUGGGACUCCCCGCUUGAAGAGACACGCCUCUUGAGCUGGGAAUCGCUGCAUACGGCAGCGAAGCUGCAUGUUCCACCACCGAACCCUUUUAUCGCCACUGACUUCUCCAUUCUGCAGCAUGCCACAGUGGUGGAGGAGUUCCCACAACCCAAGACAGGCUACGAGAGCUUCCCUACGGUGAGAAGGCUUUUACCGUCUCCUCAACCUCUCAGAUCCAGCGCUGCAGGUCUGAAAUUGUGGCACCUGCCUUGCGCAGAUCGGUUCAGGCAGCCGCGCAGCCAAGUCUCAGUGAAGAUGCACUCACCAUACUACUCGCUGGACGCAGACAACGUGCAGAAAGGGGCGUUGCUGGAACUCUAUGCACUAUGCUUCAAUGACAGCUUGAAUGAGACACUUUAUGCCGCUGGCAAGGCGAGACUGCACUGCGCGGUGAACAGUACAAGCUAUGGCUUGACAAUCAGAGCUGGAGGCUUCAGUCAGAAGCUUUUACGCCUGGUGGAGACAACCUUGUGUGGUCGGAAGCUGGAGAAGUACAAAGCAGACCGUUUCCUGGCAAUGCACGAGGCUCUGCUUAGAAGCUACAGGAAUUCAUGGUUGAAGCCGCAGGCGCACUGUUCAGAUCUUCGCAAGCUUCUGCUGAUGCCGUCCAUGCCCAGACCCUCAUGGAAGGAAGCACAACUGAACUCCUGCGGUUCGGAGAAACUCAUGGCCUUCGUCCAGAGCUUUAAUUCUGUAAUGGGGUGUGAGCUCUUGGUUUCUGGGAAUACGUCGGCAGAGGAAUUGAUGGGCUGGGCAGGAACAGUCUUUGAUGGCUACAGGCUGGAACCUCAGACAAAGGUAGAGGUGGAUGUGGUGCAGCUUCCUGUGGGAUCGGCGACAGUAUGGAUGCAAUCUGCAGUCGACACCACGCAAUCGAACUCUGCAGUCGAGAUCUAUUUUCAACUGCCUCAGCGAGACACGUGGCAAUGGCAGGAGGACCGGGUUCGGGUCCGGGUGCUUCUGGCCUUGUUGGAAGAUGUCAUGUAUGAGAGCCUCUUCGAUGAGCUGCGAACGAAGCAGCAGCUGGGAUACAGCGUUGGAUGCAGCAUGCGUGACUCAUAUGGCGUGCCAGGAUUCAGCAUAUACAUCCUCAGCGCUGUCCAGAUGCCGCCGAUUUUAGUGGAACGAGCUAUGCAGUUUUUGCAGGAUUUCGGGCAACAAAUGCGACAGUGGCAGACCGGCAAGUUUGAGAGCCACAUCGUUGCGCUUGCAGGAAGAUGGCUGGAACCUAAGAGGACGCUGGGCGAAGCUCAUGGUGCAUGCUGGUCUGAGAUCAGCUUUGGCUUUCCUGUCUUCGACCGCUCGGAGCGUGAAGUCGCGAUACUGGGAAGCCUGAAACAGGAAGAGCUCUUGCAACUCUUCGAGCUGCAUUUGGCACCAGGUGGCUCUGGUCGGGCAUGCAUUGUCACAGCAGUAGUGCCAUCUGCAGAUGAGCUGUUCGGCCAGACGCUUGAGACCUACAACUCGAACAACUGGCCGAAGUUUCAGGGUGCUUGGAUCCAAUACGAGGACCUCAAGAGGGCCAUCUCGGUUUACACUGGGCAGGAUAAAGACAAUGCGACUGUUGAGUCAGUCACGCAUUGGUCAUCUUCAUUCCUGCGACUGGGCCCCAAUCCAGAGCUGCCUCCGGAGGCUCGCCUGAAUGACAUCCUCACCGCGGAGUUGUCCCGCAUUGGGAAGUUUGUCCAAACCGAAGAGGCGCGCAUUCAUCGGAACCUGGAUGCCUUGAAGCAGGAUGUUCUGGCCGCCAAGCCCGUUGCGGCAUUGUGCCGAAGGCUGGAGGAGGUGGGCACGGACAUUAGCGACCUGAAGUUCUUCGUGCAACAGAACUUCACCGGCUUCAGAAAAGCAUUGAAGAAGUACGAGAAGUCGAGCAAGAAAUUCAUCAUGCAGUGGUUCAUGACUCAGGUAGCGAAAGCCCCGCUUAUGGCGACGGACUUUGACAACAUGCUGGCAAAGUUUGGCGACAUUGCCCAGAUUUUACGAAGGAAGGGUGCAGCACCGUACAGUGAUGUCAAGCACAGUCUCUCUGGUGCAGAUGACAAGACCAGAUCCUCACUUGAGAGCACCUACCUGCUGGAAGCAAAGUCUGCUAUGAAGUUCCGAGUCAAACUCGCAGCCUUCAUGGUGCCAAGGAAUGUUGCUCAGGAUGUCACUGCCCAUAGCGCUGGCGCGAAAGCGCCGCGACCCAAGACGACCUCCGUUUUUCUCGACACACCGGACUUCAAGGUUUACAAUGAUGUGCUCCCGUCCAACCAGGGCAUGUCGUCAAGCGCUGCGAUACACAUUCGAAGAAGUGAUCCGAACCAAGUCGCGUGCGUCGUGUAUCAGGCGAAAGGAGACAAGAAGAGAACCGAAGUACUCAUCAGGAGUGAUGAGGUGGCGCGAUUGCUGAAGGGACAGGUCCCAAGCACCGUCUUGGAUGCUCGGGCUAUUGGAGUGCGUGGUGUGAUUGGCAGUGACCCUCCAGCUGACAAGCUAGUGGGAACCGCCAAAAUGCAGGAGGUAACAAGAACAUUUGGGAAUACAUUGAUUCCGAUGGCAGAGGCGAGCUACAGUCGCUCAAUCUUGCAGGAUGAUUGUGGCAUUGUUGUCAUCCUUGAUGAGGAUGUGCGUUUCGGUAAAAUCAAGGAAUGGGACUCAGGCAGCCCGACUUCUGUGGACUUUUUUCCAUACAUGGUCAUCACCGUGAAAUUCCCUCCUGGUCUGAAGGAGUCUUCCUGGCCAAGGUGGCUAGGCCUUCUUGAAGACGGCAGUGUGGUACAGGCGAACGGCUUUUCCAAAGGAGCCCAUGCCAUCGCCCGCUUCCACGCCUUGGGGCUGAAGCUGCAAAUGCCGCACUGGUACGCAAACGUUUACUCCGACCUUCAGGACAAUGAGGAGAACGAGGCUCACAUGCCGCAGGAACCUUCCGAAGGAAGUGUCAAAAGUGGCAGUGGCAGGGAUGACGAUGCGCCGCACAGAUGGACUGAGAGCAGUGCACGACUACUGCACGAGUUCGGGACGACACCUCAGCAGGAGCAGGAGAUGGCCCUGACCCGGAUCGCUCUGGCCAAGAGAGGCGUGUCGCCAGUGGAAGAUAUCAAGAAGGUGCCCGCCGAUGAUGCUGGUAAGCUCAAUGCGCCACUGCUCUCUGGGAGUACACCGGCACCGAAGGUGGCAGAGCAAGGCUUCAUGCAGCGAUUGCUGGGAGCGGAUGUCCAGAAAAGCAACGACAAGCCCACAAGAAGGGCAAUCGUUGCGGUGCAGCCGAAGACUUUGUAUUCAAACGAGCGCACCUUUCUGGAGUGGAUUCAUUUUGCCACCAUCGUAGCAGCUGCUGGAGUUUUGAUGCUCCACAUCUCUGAGGAGGCAGCUCAUGCAACAAUUGGACGGCUGCUUGUGUUGGCUGCCGUUUUUCUGAUUGCCUGGUCAGUGCAUGUUUUCAACUGGCGCGCAGAUGGCCUGGACUAUAAAGUCGACAUGCGCUACGAGGACAAUAUCGGGCCUGUUGUGCUGGUGGUCAGUAUCAUGGGUGCCUUGGUCUUCUCCACAGCUCAUGCAGUCCGAAACCCAGAGCUCAUGGAAAGAUUGCCGAGCUACUUUGCGAAGUUUGCGAGAUGCCUCCAGCACGGGGAAUCAUGGAAUCCGACUGGUCAUAAUCAUUACGCCACAAGCAAACGAAGGGGUCUGUGGCUGUCUGCAUGUAUGAAACGAGUAGAUGCACCACAGGUACAGCAAGCUUUAGCUUCCCUGGGACUGUUGGACACACACACACACACCAGAGUCCGAGCUUUCCUGGUUGUAGAAUGUGGACGUGCAAGACCCUAG